AAGCAAAGCCACUGAGCUAGCAAUCCUGCUUACAGUGACGAACAUACUGAGCCUAUUUGUGAGCCAUGGCUUCCAGCUCCAGCUGCCGGACAUGGCAUUGCUUGCUUGCCCUCUUCCUCCUCUCCUCGGCGGCCUAUGGGCAGCUCUCGCCAUCAUUCUACUCGAAGAGCUGCCCGUCGCUUGAGCUUGUCGUGCGCGCCACCAUGAUCAAGGCUCUCCUCGCCGAGCGCCGAAUGGGGGCGUCCCUCCUUAGGCUCCACUUCCAUGACUGCUUUGUUCAAGGCUGCGACGGGUCCAUUCUCUUGGAUGACGUGGGUAGCUUCGUGGGCGAGAAGACGGCCUUCCCGAACGUGAACUCAGUGCGGGGCUACGAGGUGAUCGAUGAGAUCAAGAGGAACGUGGAGCUGGCCUGCCCGGGCGUCGUCUCCUGCGCCGACAUCACCGCCCUCGCAGCACGGGACGGCGUCUUUCUGCUAGGUGGGCCCAGCUGGGCGGUGCCGCUCGGCCACCGGGACUCGACGACGGCCAGCCUGACUCAGGCGAACAGCGACCUCCCGGGGCCCAGCUUAAACCUGGACCAGCUCAUCGCCGCGUUCGCCAAGAAGCAGCUGAGCCCGCGGGACCUCACGGCGUUGUCCGGCACCCACACCAUCGGCUUCUCGCAGUGCCUCAACUUCCGCGACCACAUCUACAACAGCACCAACAUCGACCCGGCGUUUGCCGCGCUGCGCAAGGGCGCCUGCCCCGCCCAGGCCCCUAACGGCGACACCAACCUCGCGCCAUUAGACGUGCAGACGCCGCUCCUCUUCGACAACGCCUACUAUCGCAACCUCGUGGCCAAGCGCGGCCUGCUCAACUCCGACCAGGUGCUCUUCAACGGCGGCUCCCAGGAUGCGCUGGUGCGCCAGUACGCCGCCAACCCGGCGCUCUUCGCCUCCGACUUGGUGACGGCCAUGAUCAAGAUGGCGAGCCUCACCCCGCCCAGCGGAACGCCCACCCAGAUUAGGCGUAACUGCAGGGUCGUCAACAGCUGAUCCAACAUCCAUCUACGCAUCCUAUGUACUCCCUCCGUCCGGAAAUACUUGUUGGAGAAAUGGAUAUAUGCUACAGUGUGAAGUACUCCUACAUGCGCAACAUGUAAGUACGCAUGCAUGCAUGACAGAAUAAAACCGUUUGGCUCGGAUAGUAAUUUGUACUCCCUCCAUAAAGAAAUAUAAGAGCGUUUAAAUCGCUACGGAGGGAUAUGUACGGUGCAGAGGUGAGUAACCGGACCCUCCACCUCCAAGAUUGUAAAAUACCUCCUCCAUCAUGUAAUCUCCCAAGGUAUAUGGUCUUUUAUGCAAAAUCUAAGGGUUGUGUACGGCCUGUAAACUA